AUGAAAAUGAUGAAUAGCUCAAUGAUAUCUGAGUUUGUUUUGUUAGGACUCACCAACACUUGGGAACUUGAGCUUUUCUUUUUUUUCAUAUUUUUAUUGGCCUAUGCAGCGAUUAUGGCAGGAAACCUUCUAAUUGUGGUCACCAUAACCUUGGACUCUCAUCUGCACUCCACACCAAUGUACUUCCUCCUUGGAAACCUCUCCUUUCUUGAUAUGUCUGUUUCUACAAUCACAACCCCCAAGAUGGUUGCAGAUUUUGUCAGGGAGAAUAAAACUAUUUCUCUAUGGGGCUGUAUGGCUCAGAUGUUCUUCCUUCACUUUUUAGGGGGUAGUGAGAUGACACUUCUCAUAGUUAUGGCGGUUGAUAGGUACUUUGCAAUAUGUAAACCUCUUCACUACACAACCAUCAUGAACCACCGGGUACUCAGAGGCUCUGUGCUGCUAUCAUGGGCUGUUGGCUUUGUGCAUACAAUGAGCCAGAUGGUGUUUACCAUCACCUUGCCCUUCUGUGGUCCCAAUAUAGUAGACAAUAUAUUCUGUGACCUUCCGCUGGUUAUAAAGCUUGCCUGCACUGAGACCUAUGUUCUGGAGUUGCUAGUAAUUGCUGACAGUGGACUAUUGUCUCUCAUCUCCUUCAUACUCUUGCUCAUUUCCUACACUGUCAUUCUGGUAACCAUUCGACAUCAAACCUCUGGCAGUCUCUCCAAAGCUCUGUCCACGCUAUCUGCUCAUAUUACAGUGGUCACUCUGUUCUUUGGGCCGUGUAUCUUCAUUUAUGCUUGGCCAUUUAGUAGCUUUUCAGUGGAUAAAUUUCUUUCUGUGUUUUAUUCAGUUAUCACACCUUUACUGAACCCCAUUAUUUAUACUCUGAGGAAUCAGGAGAUGAAAGCAGCCAUGAAUAGACUGAGGACCCAACAUGUGAGGUCCAGAAAGACCUUCUAG